GCACAGCAGGCGGAGGCUGAGAAGGCUCCAAGUCCAUCCCCACCAAGGAAAGUGUGCAAAGUUCACAGACAGACGCCCAGUGACCGCUAUGCGGACUGGGAGAGGCCCGCCACAGUGGCUGAGGCCGAUCGAGCGGGGCCACCGCGACUAUCGCCCGGAGAAUGUGAGCAUCUGGAGGAAUCGCUGCGAUCUGCUCAGCAAGCCUCUGCCGACCUGCAAGGUGCUUUGGACGCCUUCCGCAAGGACCGACGACUUCAGGGACCGAUGGAGGAUCCCCUGGAGCUUUUGGAGUGGAAGGCACCCCGAGAGCGGGAGGCCCGCGAGGCUACCGCAAGGCCUCUGCGUGCUGUUCUGGCGGUGAAGCGUCCCCGUGCAGCAGCCAGCGAAGGCGUCGCCACGGAUGUCCAGACAGACAAGGAGGCCCAGCCCCUGGUGGAAUAUGGCAGUGACUCUGGAGAAGAGCCAUCUGGAGCUACUGACGGAGUAGGUAGGAGAGGUCUUGCGGCCAAAGACUGUGUGCCACCUGACCUGCGCUGCUCGGCGGUUUACAUGGCCGACCCUUUGCGUCUCAUUCUCGGUGUUGACCUUGCAGUCCGGGACGCGCAGACUUUCAAGGUGAAGCCUGGCCUGUCUGACUUCGCAAAGAGGGAGGACUUGGAAGGCUGCCGGCUGAACAUACAAGAUCUUGUAAACUUCGCGAAUAAAUUCGUGGCUGCUGAGCGGCGGCCAACUACCCCUGUCCUGCUCAAGGCCACGGCGGGCCUCCGCGCGGUGCCUGAGGCCAAGGCAGAGGCGGUCUUGCGAACAGUCCGCUCCACCCUGAAAGCGUCGGGCUACCAAUUCCAGGAUGCCUGGGCAGACAUCAUCAAGGGCAAGGAGGAGGCGGCCCUAGCUUGGAUCGCGGCGAACUACCUAGGGGGCAGUUUCGACGUGAACUCCAAAGUCCCGUCUAUGGGCGUGAUCGAGAUGGGAGGUGGGUCUACUCAGGUGAGCUUCGAAGUGCAGCCAGAUGAGUUUGAGCGCGUUGCUGAACUGGAUCGGUUUCAGUUCAAGACAGGCUUGGGCAGGGUCUACUCCUUGUACGCGCACAGCUACCUGGGCUUCGGCCAGGACUAUGCCCAGUCGAAACUGCAAGACACCAUGGGCGAGAGCGAGAGCUCUGACCCCUGCUACCCGGUCGGCUACGCACGCGUCAAGAGCAAUGGCGCUCGGCAAAGUGGCAGUGGCGAUUCCACGCAGUGCCGGACAAAUAUUCGGUCCCUUCUUUUUCAGGAAGGGAGUGCUCCGGGACGGUACGAGCAUGAGCUCCCCGUGCGCGGCCACUUCGCAGCGACAGAGAACUUCUACUACGUCAGGAAUGACCUUCAGCUUCCAAACAAGGAAGGUGUCUGUCCAACCGAUGCAGAAGCCAAGGAAGUGUGUGGCAAGAGCCUGGCAGACUCUGCUGCAGACCGGGCGUGCUUUGCGCUGUCUUACCAGCUGGCUUUCCUUGGGGCACUUGGUGCCGUUGAUGUGCCAGGCAUUGAGGUCGAAGUGCAGAGAAAAAUAAAUGGCGGUGACAUUGACUGGGCACUUGGAGCAGCCCUGGCGCACCUGCUGAGCUCUCGCGUAGAACCUGCAGGCUUCGCAAUGACAAUGCCAGUGGUGCUAACACUGGUGGUCGCGCUGGCACUGCUCGCUGCCGCCUUUUCGUUGGUUUGCAGACCGAAGAGCCUCGUCAAGGGCUACGAAUCCCCGACACUCUUUGGCUCCAAGAGCACAGGCCUGGAGUGA